AUGCCGCCUAUCCUUUCAGUGAAAGCAAUGGCGAGAUGUGAUGAAGACUGGGCAUAUCUGGUCGAGACGGACUCGUGCUAUCUUCCGAUAUAUGCCCUUGAAAUGAACGCAUCCCAAGAAUAUAACUUUGCCGAAGCUAUUGCGGGUUGUCGUCAGUAUAAUUCAACUGUCGCAUCGGUGNGAGUAUCGACUGCUGUGAUAAGCAAGUGUACCACUUCAGAGAUAUUCCAUAGGAAUGGUAGGUAUUGGAUCGAUGGUAAACAUGAUACGCCUGAAUCAGCGUGGUACUGGCAAGAUAACUCAACGUUCAACUAUACUGAUUGGUAUCCGGGUCAACCAGACGUUACUGGAUCAUUUCCGAUGUGUAUAUUGAUCAAUUAUUCUCACAAAGGACAAUAG